GUGGGCGCGUCUCGAGAGCGGCUGAGCUUGGACAGCCCUUCUUCAACCUCAAUCUCAACACCAUCUCACCACUUGAAGGGCGCAUAACCACAGUAUUUUCUCGCGCACGCAUGUCGGCAGACAAUAUUAAGCCGUCCGCUGGUUCCAUGGUGGACUACGACGUUGAAUUACCCAAGUUCUACAGAAACCCCAAUGAACCGGAACACUACCGCCUUUCGAAGGCCGGAAUCGAGGCCUGCAAGAGCAAGAAGCCUGCAGUCCCACCGUGGCUGAUCAGCUUCCGGUUCAGGACGCGGUACAUCUCGGCUUUCGCCACGCAGUUCGACAGCGAUCGCCCACAUAUCCUCGACCUGCAAAUUUGCCCCUCCAGAGUCGCGCGGUUCUUUGGCGCCUGCGUCAAUCUUUUGCCUACGUUUGCACAGUCCUGGAUUAGAGCCAUGAUGCCGGAAUGGUUCCUCCCCAGCCGUGUCAUUUUGAAGGCGCAAAAGCGGUACGAGUCGGGAGAGGCCAAUGAGGAGCUAUUCGACACCGAGACGCGAGCCUACGACCGCCUAAAGCCGUUACAAGGGACCGUCAUACCCAAGUGUUACGGCCUUGCUCGAUACAACGGCUUAAGGGCGAUGAUUCUCGAGCGCCUUGGGGGAGUUUCGCUCGCCUCGCCCCAAGGUGCAACGCUGACGCUUGAAGAAAUCUCCGCCUUGAUGCAGCCAUGCCACCGGGCUAUGCAUGCCUAUGGCGUGCAUCAUAGCGAUCCGCAACCCUCCAACUAUCAGCUGGUUGACGGAAGGCUCAUGGCCUUGGACCUAGAGUACGUCGAGUGGGAUUUGCCCGACGAAAAGAACAUCCUCUUCAUGCGGACGAACAUAUACGAUUUGUCAAUCAGAUACUUGGGGAUGCAAAAAUACUAUCAUCGGGGUGAGGGCUUGCUGGAACCAGCGUGAUUACAUGGUUCCGUGAUCGGCGGCGCUCAUAUUGGCAUUCCGCCACCUCAUACUACCUGUAGUUAAUAGUUAUAAUUCACUUACAACUUAAUUCUGCCGCA